CGCCUGCAAGGUGGAGCUGGAGACGACCAUUUGGACAUUGCGCAAUUGAUCAAUAUUCUCUCGUUUUGGAGUUCUGGGCCAAAGAAAGUGAGGCUUCAGGGAUUUUCCCAAAUUCGCGUUCGCCUAAAACGGGGGUUUUACUCUGGGUGUUGCUGCGCGCAGGUCAUCUAUUAAAGAUGACAUUGUUUAAAUAUCACUGACCAGUCACGCACGCGUGGUUUCCCAGCCUUGCUAACAAGGAGCGAGAAGGACCUUGUGGUGCUCUGGAAAAGUGUGUGAUCUGAGUCGGAGGCCUCCAGCGUGUGUAAACGGGCAUAAAUUGGAGUAUGGUCCGGUCAACAACCUGGCUCCUGGGAGCUCUAUUGGGUUUGAUAUGUGUACUACCUCUUGUUUUGAUGACGCCCAGAACUGCCCAGUGCACGUCUUUGAAGACAUUGGAAAACAAACUCAUAGGCAGAAGACGUAACAUGAAACACAAUUUACCCAUUAAUUACACCAUCAGAGUUCACUAUGAGGAGGUCUUCAAACUCAGCAAUAUCAGCAGGCUGAGGGCGAGGGUGGAGGAUCUGGAAGACUGGGACCUGCAGGAUGUGUGGCUGUUGGUCAACCAGGAGGUGUUGAAGAGGAUUCUGAGGGUCUUGCCAGUGAGACACCCCUCCUACAAGUACACCACCGACCUGGAGGAUCUCUUCAGGAAGGUCCAGCAGGUGUUCCCACCACAGACUGAUGAGAGAGAGCCACCAGAGCGAAUAGAGGAGAUCUACAAAAGGGUUAAGGAGAUUGACUCAAAAGGCUGGAAGUUCGUGACCCCCAAAUCUCUGUUGGAUAACUGCUAUCGGACAAUGCACUGUCUCUUCAAAGACUGCUUUUCCAGUGAAGACAGAGAGCAAGACUAUUGUGGCUUACCUCACUGGCGGAAGGGCAGAAAGAGACUACAGUAAACCUGAGAAGGGCGCUGUUGUUUUCAUAUGUAUAUUUAUAAUAUAUUGUCUACUGAUGUUUAUGUUCUGUGUUUUAAUUGCGGGUUCUAGAUGUGUUUAGACAGUUGUAUGGUAUAGGGCAGGUGACUAUGCUCAAGCAGAGUGUGAUGUAACAUUUCUAUUUGUAUUAUUUUAUAUUUGUUUUGCAAUCAGGGAACACUUAUGGCUGACAUAUGUAUUAGCAACUGUUGCCCAUAAAAGUAAGAACACAAACAUAUCCAGCUACUCUCAUCUCUGACUGUUUGUCUUUAUGAAUAUUAUAGUAAAUGUGUUUGUUUAAAAAACAUUUUUUCUCUGUUCUGUUUUUUAUAAAUUGCUUUAAGGUGUUUUGCUGACUUGCAGGCAUAGUCAGUGAAUUCCAGCCACUCAUUUGUUUGGCAUUAUGCACAUCAAUGCUGAAAUAAAGAUAUUAUUUGUGAAAAUCUA